AUGAGGCCCCUCAUCCUGCUGACCCUCCUGGCCCUCCUCACCCUUGGGCUGUGCCGCAGAGUCAUCUCCAAACACGCCAGCGCCGAGGUGGUGCGGAGACACAAGAGGAAUUACAUCUAUGACAGCAGCAUCUAUGGCAUCAUGCGAGACCCACUGGAGGCCAAGCGCGAGGUGUGCGAGCUCAACCCCGACUGCGAUGAGCUGGCCGACCACAUCGGCUUCCAGGAGGCAUACCGGCGCUUCUACGGCCCCGUCUAG